UCCGAGUUAGGGUUUCGCUUCUGAAUUUUUAAGAAGAUAACCCAAACUGGAUCUCAAACUGAACAUCAAUCAUCAAAAUUCAAAGAAAUUAAACCAAAACAUAAUCACCAAAAACCUUAAACUCAAAAUCAGAUUGACUGUAGUCAAGACACAUUGACCUUUUCCCUAAUCAGAAGGUUCUCUGAGACAAUGGCGAUGAUCAGAGCUUCUCCGGUUACUGGUUUAAGCUUGGUGCCUAGACCAUAUUCUUCUUCUCCUUCUUCAAGUUCGUCUAACCGUGUUGUCAUGUUUAGAAGAACCCCAUUCCUCAGUGGCGGUGUGGGAUAUCUAAGACUUUCAGUGCCAACCACCCGUCCCAAUCGGUGCAUAUGUAGGGGAGCGCUUGGUACCCAAAUGAACCUUUUUAAUCGUUUUGCUAGAGUUGUGAAGUCUUACGUAGGUUCAAUUCUUAGCUCCUUUGAAGAUCCAGAGAAGAUCAUAGAACAAGCUGUGCUUGAAAUGAACGACGACUUGGCCAAGAUGCGUCAGGCUACUGCAGAGGUGUUAGCAUCUCAAAAACGAUUGAAGACCAAACAGAAAGCUGCACAACAAGCUUCUGAAAACUGGUACCACAAAGCACAACUCGCUCUUGAGAAAGGAGAUGAGGAUCUUGCUCGAGAAGCAUUGAAGAGGCGUAAAUCUUAUGCUGAUAAUGCAACUUCUUUGAAAACCCAGCUCGAUCAGUAUAAGAAUUCGGCCGACAGUCUCGUCUCAAAAACGAAGCUUUUGGAGAGCACAAUACAAGAGGCAAAAUCGAAGAAAGAUAAUCUGCUACUCCGUGCCCAGUAUGCAAAGACUGUGAACAAAGUGAGUGAAAUGUUGGGGAACUUGAAUGCAAGCAGUGCUCUUUCAGCUUUUGACAACAUGGAGGAAAAAGUGAUGACGAUGGAAUCUAAGGCAGAGGCACUUAAUCAGCUAACAACAGAUGAUCUCGAAGCAAAGUUUGCAUGCCUAGAGAGCUCAUCGGAUGACGAUCUAGCCAAUUUGAAGAAAGAAAUUUCAGGCAGAGCAGUGAGAAAAGAGCUGCUUCCACCUUGUAGAUCAGCUGUAUGGAUUGAAACAGAACUAUAGGAUUAAAGAAAAAGGCGAGCGAGUACUGAACUAAGGAAAAGGGCGAGCAGUGAAGACUUGUUUUGACUUUUUAAAAUUGAGA